AUUUUAUGGAUAAAGAAAAAAUAUUUUUAUUUUGUUUUAUUAUUCUCUUUUAAAGUUAAAGACUUUAGGAAAAAAACAAAAGAAAAAAAGUAAAUGGAGAGAAAAAAGCUUUUAAAACUUUAAAAAUUAAUAAAGUUUUAAAAAAAAAAAAAAAAAAAAAAAGACGAACAUGAAGGGGAAAAAAACAAAAGACGAACAAAAAUUGGAGAUUUUUUCUUACACGUGUCAUCAUCUGCAGAUUUGCGCUUAUUAAUUGUUUACCGUACGGUAUUGUGGAUAGGGUCAAGAUUUUCAUAACUUUACCGUAGUUAAUAUUUGACCCAACCAUGGUUAAAAUAAAGCAGUUUAUAUCACAGACACACACCUCUCUCUCUUCUAGACUCACUAAACAAAAAUGAUGAUCGGCGAAAAUAAAAACCGGCCACAUCCAACGAUCCAUAUCCCUCAAUGGGAUCAAAUCAACGAUCCAACGGCCACAAUCUCUUCACCAUUCUCUUCCGUCAACCUUAACAGCGUUAACGACUACCCACACUCUCCGUCACCGUAUCUCGACUCCUUCGCUUCUCUCUUCCGUUACCUCCCGUCAAACGAGUUAACAAACGAUUCAGACUCAUCAAGUGGCGACGAGUCAUCACCACUCACCGACUCAUUCUCCUCCGACGAGUUUCGCAUCUACGAGUUCAAAAUCCGGCGAUGCGCUCGAGGUCGAUCUCAUGAUUGGACGGAGUGUCCGUUCGCACAUCCCGGAGAAAAAGCUCGACGACGUGAUCCGAGAAAGUUUCAUUACUCCGGCACCGCUUGUCCUGAGUUUCGUAAAGGAAGUUGUAGAAGAGGUGAUUCGUGUGAGUUCUCUCAUGGAGUUUUCGAGUGUUGGCUCCAUCCUUCUCGUUACCGUACUCAGCCGUGUAAAGACGGAACUAGCUGCCGGAGAAGAAUCUGUUUCUUCGCUCAUACGACGGAGCAGUUACGUGUAUUACCUUGUUCGUUAGAUCCAGAUCUUGGAUUCUUCUCAGGAUUAGCUACUUCUCCGACUUCGAUUCUUGUUUCUCCUUCGUUUUCACCACCGUCGGAAUCUCCGCCGCUUUCUCCGAGUACCGGUGAACUUAUUGCGUCGAUGAGGAAAAUGCAAUUGAACGGAGGUGGUUGUUCGUGGAGUUCUCCGAUGAGAUCUGCAGUUAGGUUACCUUUUUCGUCGUCUCUGCGUCCGAUUCAGGCGGCAACGUGGCCGAGGAUAAGAGAGUUUGAGAUCGAAGAAGCUCCGGCGAUGGAAUUUGUGGAAUCUGGGAAAGAGCUGAGAGCGGAGAUGUAUGCAAGACUCAGUAGAGAGAACUCACUCGGUUGAGUCGACUUGGAUCGAGUCUUUGAUGACGUGGCGACUCGAUCUGAUUUUGUGAAUAUUUUAGAGAUUUUUAAGGUGUUGUGGAUAAAUGACGUGGCGGGUCGAUCUUAGUGACGGUACAAUCGGACGAUGAAGAAAAAAGCGUUAAGAGUAACAAAAAAAGGAAGAAUUUGUAAAGAGAUGAUAAUGAGAGAAUUUGAGAGCUAUUCUUCUGGCUUUUUUCUCUGCAGUUUUUUUUAUUGUUUUCGUUAUUUUCUUGUUUUUAUUUUGGUUUUCGGCUUUAUUUUGUUUGUUGUUUAUUAAUGUUAUAUCAUUUUGUAAUUAGUUCUCAAAUGUAUUUGGAUAACAUCUUAGUUUGAGACUUUAGAAAAGAACAUUUCAUUUGUUGUUUCCUUCUUAUCGAUUUCGUUGUUAUAAUAGUAAGAGGAUAUAAAUAUUUUUUGUUGGCCUGUUCUUUUUCCAAACGCUGCGAUCAUAUCCAGCGACCAAAAAAAC